AAAAAGAAAAGUCGAAAGAGCAGCGUGUCGUCUCUAGCAGUACAUUUACGAAAAUAUCCCUGUCAAUCAAUCACAGUACUCAAUCGAGCUUCAAACAACAUAUAGACAGCACAAAUAUAUCAAUCAAUUUAAUCAUCACGUUCUCAUCUCAUCGUCUUCUGACCUCUCUGUAAGGCCCCGACAAAAAAUCUGAAUCGCUGCGAGCUUUGAUCGGAACCUGUCGGAGUUACUCCUCGAUCUGAUCCUGUCCUUAGGGAAUCACUCCCAAUAGCUUACCUUUUCUGCUGACUCGAUCCGUUUAAUUUCGAAACAUGCCGGCCGCAUACGGAGGUCCGAUCACCACGUUCGAGGAUGCCGAGAAGGAGAGUGAGUACGGCUACGUUCGCAAGGUAUCUGGACCAGUGGUUGUUGCCGAUGGAAUGGCAGGAGCUGCUAUGUAUGAAUUAGUUCGUGUUGGACACGACAAUCUGAUUGGAGAAAUCAUUCGGCUAGAAGGAGAUUCUGCCACUAUUCAAGGAAUGGUUACUUCAGUUCAGUUUGGGAUAGUGAAGGUUGAGGACCCUUUAGGAGAAACAUAUUUUUUGUAUGAGGAAACGGCUGGAUUGAUGGUGAAUGACCCUGUUCUCAGGACACACAAGCCUUUGUCAGUUGAACUUGGUCCUGGAAUUUUGGGAAAUAUAUUUGAUGGGAUUCAGAGGCCACUUAAGACAAUUGCAAUAAAAUCUGGUGAUGUGUACAUUCCUCGUGGUGUGUCUGUCCCUGCACUUGACAAAGAUACUCUUUGGGAAUUUCAGCCAAAGAAAAUAGGAGAAGGAGAUGUUUUGACAGGUGGUGACUUAUAUGCGACUGUGUUUGAGAACACCUUAGUGCAACAUCAUGUUUCUCUUCCUCCUGAAGCUAUGGGUAAAAUAACCUACAUUGCACCACCGGGCCAAUACUCCUUGAAGGAUACUGUCCUCGAGCUUGAGUUUCAAGGCGUCAAAAAACAAUUUACCAUGCUUCAGACCUGGCCCGUACGUACACCUAGGCCUGUGGCUUCAAAGCUUGCUGCUGACACUCCUCUCUUGACUGGACAGCGUGUACUUGAUGCUUUGUUUCCCUCCGUGCUUGGUGGUACUUGUGCCAUUCCUGGUGCAUUUGGUUGUGGGAAAACCGUUAUCAGCCAGGCACUCUCCAAGUAUUCAAACUCAGACACUGUGGUUUAUGUUGGCUGUGGAGAAAGAGGAAAUGAAAUGGCUGAGGUGCUUAUGGAUUUUCCUCAAUUGACAAUGACCCUGCCUGAUGGUCGUGAGGAAUCUGUCAUGAAACGUACCACACUUGUAGCUAACACCUCCAAUAUGCCAGUGGCUGCUCGUGAGGCUUCAAUUUACACUGGAAUUACCAUAGCUGAGUACUUCAGAGAUAUGGGAUACAAUGUCAGUAUGAUGGCGGAUUCAACAUCCCGCUGGGCAGAGGCAUUGCGUGAAAUUUCUGGUCGACUGGCUGAGAUGCCUGCAGACAGUGGAUAUCCUGCUUAUUUGGCGGCACGUUUAGCAUCGUUCUAUGAGCGUGCAGGGAAGGUUAAAUGUCUUGGUGGACCUGAAAGAACUGGAAGUGUCACUAUUGUCGGUGCAGUUUCUCCUCCAGGAGGAGAUUUUUCUGAUCCUGUUACAUCUGCAACCCUCAGUAUCGUUCAGGUUUUCUGGGGUCUGGACAAGAAACUGGCUCAAAGGAAGCAUUUUCCGUCCGUGAACUGGCUCAUUUCUUACUCAAAUUAUUCAGGGGCACUGGAAUCCUUCUACGAGAAGUUUGAUCCAGAUUUUAUUGACAUCAGGACAAAAGCUCGUGAAGUUUUGCAAAGAGAAGAUGAUUUGAAUGAAAUUGUGCAGCUUGUCGGGAAAGAUGCUCUUGCUGAAACAGAUAAGAUUACCCUGGAAACCGCCAAGCUCUUGAGGGAGGAUUAUCUUGCCCAGAAUGCAUUUACUCCUUAUGAUAAAUUUUGCCCAUUCUACAAGUCAAUUUGGAUGAUGCGCAACAUCAUUCAUUUCUACAAUUUGGCUAAUCAGGCUGUGGAGCGGGGGGCUGGCAUGGAUGGACAGAAGAUAACAUACACUCUUAUCAAGCAUCGUCUUGGAGAUUUGUUUUACCGCUUAGUUUCUCAGAAAUUCGAGGACCCGGCUGAAGGAGAAGAUGUCCUGGUUGCCAAAUUUAAGAAGCUUUACGAUGAUUUGACAGCUGGCUUCCGCACCCUUGAGGAUGAAACUCGAUGAAGAGUUUACAUGAAUCCGCUCGUUUUCUAGAGCAUCUUUGUAUUAUUAUAUACCAUCCUCUUAAAAUUGGCAGCUUUUAAGUUAUUCCCUUUCUCAAUGAAGAAUGUGAUAAGAAGCAGCAUGUUUGCCUAGGCUUUCAUAGACAUUCAUGGUGUGGUUCAUGUUUAAAUAUAUUUGUUUAUUUGUUUAGAUGUCUUUCUUGUGCUAUUUGUUUAUGAUUUUUGGUGAGUAAUAAGAUUUGGCUGUAUACGGGCAUUAUUUUACUACGCUCUUGUCGAAAUAAUAAAUUGUAUGAGUGUAAUUUGAGAUUGGUCGUUUUUGUAUGAAGACUUCGCAUUCAUUAAUCCCACAUCUUUUAUGAGGACUAAUAA